AUGAGCAUCUUUAUCUGCCUUGGUGGAAAAGUCUACUUGCAGCCCCCAUGUUAUUGUGCUGCUAUGAUCAAGAAAGUUAGUGCUGCCGCUUUGUACUUGUUUCCCAGUUCUGAACCCCAUCAGAGGAUAUGGAAGAAGGGUUGUUGUUGUAGGGCUGAUAUAAAGAUGUGGAACGUGAUCCUGAAUGGUUGGUGUGUUUUGGGGAACUUGCAUGAGGCAAAGAGGGUGUGGAGAGACAUAGUGGCUUCUCCAUGCAAGCCUCAUAUAUUUACCUAUGCCACCUUCAUUAAGGCAUUGACCAAGAAAGAGAAACUUGGGACGGCUCUGAAGUUGUUCCGUGGCAUGUGGGGCAAGGGUGGUAAACCAGAUGUUGUGAUAUGCAACUGCAUCAUUGAUGCUCUUUGUUUCAAGAAGAGGAUUCCUGAUGCCUUGGAGAUUUUUUGUGACAUGAGUGAGCGUGGUUGUGAACCGAAUGUUGCUACUUACAAAUCGCUUAUUAAGUACAUAUGCAAGAUACAGCAGAUGGAGAAGGUUUACGAGCUGGUGGAUGAGAUGGAGAAGAAGAAGGGGAGUUGCUUGCCUAAAGUUGUUACUUAUUGUUACUUGCUCAAGAGCUUGAAGGAGCCGGGGGAGAUUUGCAGGGUUUUGGAAAGGAUGGAGAGAAAUGGAUGUGGCAUGAAUGAUGAUGUUUAUAACAUGGUGUUGAGGUUGUACAUGAAAUGGGAUGAUGGGGAUGGAGUGAGAAAAACAUGGAAAGAAAUGGAGAGGAAUGGAUGGGGACCAGAUAGGAGAUCAUAUACCAUCAUGAUUCUUGAAAACUUUGAGAAAGGGAGAGUAAAGGAUGCCGUGUGUUAUUUAGAGGAGAUGAUAUCUAAGGGAAUGGUGCUAGAGCCAAGGACGAAGAAGCUAGUAAGUUCCAUGAACAUUCGGUUGAAGGGGAGGACAGAAAAAUAG